AUGCUCAGACACGUGCAACCCAUACAUCCUGCGCACAAAUUAUAUGUCGUACCCCUAAGUGACGUCCAGUUCCCCCAUAAGUGUUUGUCCACCAGUUCCUCACACUAUAGGACUGUAUGUGUUGUCAGUAGUCAUGACGUCACUGAAGACAACGAUUGUGUGAAUUGUUUACACGAUUUGAGUCCAAAGUUUGGUCUCAAUUAUCGCCGCAAUUAUCACAUUAUCUCAGGUCUUGAGAUCCGCUCAAAGAGUACUUUGUGUCCUCAGUUUGUACUCAAAGACAUAUCACAUUUUGCGUCAAUUGUCUACUCAACCAAAAUAACUGACCUCAAGAUCUGGGCCUAA